AUGGCACAAAAGGCAAAGAAGGACAGGGCCAAAUCCAACGCCGCCGCCCUCAACAACCUCCACAUUGGCUCCGCCGUAGUCAACGUCGGCUUUCUUGUCUUCUACUUCCUCUUCAAGUCGCGCUCUCUCUUCUGGUUCUUCCUGCUGUCCGCCCCGGCUCUCAUCUGCGAGUUCGUCCUGGAGAACGCAGGACGCCCCAAGUAUGACGCCGGCGGCGGCCUGAAGGCCUCCGGCGAAGACCUCGCCGCCUCGGGCUUGACCGAGUACAUGUUCGACGUCAUCUGGGUCACUUGGGCAUCCGUCGUCCUCGUCGUCUUGUUCGGCAACUGGGCCUGGAUCCUGUGGCUCUCUGUCCCCGCCUACGGCGUUUACGCCGGCGCCGGGCUGCUCGGGGCUGGCAAGCGAAUGGCUCAGAUGGGCGGUGCCGCAAACAACGAAGAGCCCGCUCCACCCGUCAACAGGAGGCAACGCCGGGCCGCAUAA